UCCAAAAGUAGCCAAAAGAAUAAAACCUUGUUUUCUCAGAAACAAUCAGUAUAGAUUUGAGAGCUUGCAUCUGUUCUUGGCGCCAUGUGAGGAAGUCCGAUGAGAACAUGGUUUUUUGCUUUCCACAAAUGCCCCAAGCACUUACUAAUAGUGCCUGCCCCAUCCUUUGCCCCUUCCCAACCGCCGCAACACAACGGCUCCGACGAAAUAAUGCAAGAUGCCAACGGCCUUCCCCGGCUUCCACAGGACACACGCCACUAGGCGGCGCCGGAAAUUCACAGGCUUCCCAAAAUUGCUGCAUCAUUCCAUUCACCCGAAAUCGCUGCGCCAUUCCAUUCUCCUCAUCCGCGGAAUGGAACUCCGGCAGCCAACGAAAAAGGUUGACAAGACGAGCCCAUCUACGUACUCCGUUUCCCGGCAAAGUGGUUCUACGCAGAGAAAUCCAACCGCCAAAAGCGUACCUGUCUGACUCUUCCCUCCGCCAUCAAUCUGCCCAACAUAAGCCCGAGACAGGAAUGUUUGUAACUGCAAUUAUUGUGUUGGCUGUGAGUGUUCUGGUCGUGCGGGCUUAUCAGAAAAUACAGCCUCCCCCUCCAAAGAUAUGUGGAUCCCCAAACGGUCCUCCUGUUACUUCCCCAAGAAUCAAGCUUAGCGAUGGAAGGUAUCUGGCAUAUAGAGAGAGGGGAGUCCCCAAGGAAAACUCCAAGUAUAAGAUAAUUCUCGUUCAUGGGUUCGACAACUCAAAAGACAUGAUUUUAGUGGCUUCCCAGGAACUAAUUGAAGAGUUGGGGAUAUACUUUCUUUCGUUCGAUAGAGCAGGGUAUGGAGAAAGCGAUCCAAAUCCGAAGCGAUCGGUUAAGAGUGAAGCAUUUGACAUACAAGAACUUGCUGACCAGUUACAGUUGGGAGAUACUUUCUAUGUACUUGGAUUCUCCAUGGGAGGUUAUCCCAUUUGGGGUUGUCUCAAAUACAUACCCCACAGGCUUGCAGGUGCUGCUCUAGUUGCUCCAGUUGUCAAUUACUGGUGGCCUUCCUUUCCUUCCAACCUGUCGAGGGAGGUCUUUAAGAAACAAUUUUUGAGAGACCAAUGGAGUCUUCGGGUAGCACACAACAUCCCGCAACUACUCUACUGGUGGCUGACACAGAAAUGGUUCCCUUCCUCAUCCCUGAUUGAGGACAACCCUGAAAUUUCAAGCACGAAUGACAAAGCUAUCAUCGAGAAGAUGUCAGAAAUUCCCACGCCACAUCAGAGCAAGGUUCGACAGCAGGGGCUUUUCGAAUCUCUCCACAGAGACGUAAUGGUGGGCUUUGGAACAUGGGAGUUUGAUCCAAUGCAUCUGACGAAUCCACUUCCGCAAACCAGUAGCUCUGUCCACAUCUGGCAAGGUUAUGAAGAUCGGAUCGUGCCGGCCCAGCUACAAAGAUAUGUUUCCUCUAGGCUUCCCUGGAUUCAGUACCAUGAGGUUCCGGAUGGUGGACAUUUAAUCUUGUAUGACAAUGGUAUAUUCGACUCCAUAUUAAGAGCACUUCUGCACUAAAAAAUGAAAAAUCAUUGUAUAGAUUUCUCUAGCCCGGAGGAUAUACUAGGAUCAAUCGAGCAGCCUUUGUUUACUUGUACUUUAUUAGUACAACAAGAUCGUUCAAAUGCGCUGAAUAUGCUUUGCAAGGUGCAACGUAAUUUGUAGUAUGUAAGCUUUGAAUUUCUAUGUUCAAGCUGUUGAUAAGCUUGAAUUUGUAGUAACCCGAAUUUGCCUUGUUUAGAAGUCAAGGUGUUUGUUUAAAUAAAUGUUGGAAUCGCUUAUUAUCGAAUAA